AUGGCACCAACAAAGCAGGAGCUAUCGCUCCUCAUCAAUCCUCUCGUCCCUGAGUCCGUCCAACACAACAACCGCGUCCUCUCCUCUCUCCACAGCUUGACCUCCUUCCUCCUGGGCCUGUCCGCAGGAAUCCUAGCCCUGCAAUCAACCUACGGCUUCGCCUUCUACUUCCUAGGCACAAUCUUGGUCUCGGGUCUAUUCCAUGCUGUGUUGAUACACCGAUCUGGCGGUGCAGGUGCUGGCUCUUUCUUCCCUGGUAGCAACGGCGGCGAGAUUGAGGGUGUCGUGGAGUUCGAUGAAAAGACCCAAGCUGUGCGCAUGCAGCUAGAUGGGAAGGCAGGGUCGAAGAAGAUCCUUCGCAAGGGCGCCUGGAGGGAUCUGUGGUUCGGUGGCGGUGUUAUGAGCGAGGCUCUGAGUGGGUUUGUCCUUGGGUGGGCUGGUGUUGGAGGUGUUUUGAGGUGA